AUGCCAAGUCGGGCGGAGGACUACGAGGUGCUGUACACCAUUGGCGCGGGCUCCUACGGCCGCUGCCAGAAGAUCCGGAGGAAGAGCGAUGGCAAGAUACUAGUUUGGAAAGAACUUGACUAUGGCUCCAUGACAGAAGCUGAGAAACAGAUGCUUGUUUCUGAAGUGAAUUUACUCCGUGAACUGAAACAUCCGAACAUUGUCCGUUACUAUGAUCGAAUUAUUGACCGAACCAACACCACACUGUACAUUGUAAUGGAAUAUUGCGAAGGAGGGGACCUGGCUAGCGUAAUUACAAAGGGAACCAAAGAAAGACAAUACUUAGAUGAAGAAUUUGUUCUUCGAGUGAUGACUCAGUUGACGCUGGCCCUAAAGGAAUGUCACAGACGAAGCGACAGUGGUCAUACUGUGCUGCAUCGGGAUCUGAAACCAGCCAACGUUUUCCUGGAUGGCAAGCAAAACGUUAAACUUGGAGACUUUGGGCUAGCUAGAAUAUUAAACCAUGAUACGAGUUUUGCAAAAACAUUUGUUGGCACACCCUAUUAUAUGUCUCCUGAGCAGAUGAAUUGCAUGUCCUACAAUGAGAAAUCGGACAUCUGGUCGCUGGGUUGUUUGCUGUAUGAAUUGUGUGCAUUAAUGCCUCCGUUUACAGCUUUCAACCAGAAAGAACUAGCUGGGAAGAUUAGAGAAGGCAAAUUCAGGCGAAUUCCAUAUCGUUACUCUGAUGAAUUGAAUGACAUUAUUACAAGGAUGUUAAAUUUAAAGGAUUACCAUCGACCUUCUGUUGAAGAAAUUCUUGAGAAUCCUUUGAUAGCAGACUUAGUUGCAGAAGAGCAAAGAAGAAAUCCUGAGAGAAGAGGGCAGCGGUUGGAACCGGAGAAGGUACAGGAUUCCAGCCCUGUCUCGGGAGAGCUGAAACUAAAGGAAAUACAGUUACAGGAGCGGGAGCGAGCCCUCAAAGCACGAGAAGAAAGGCUGGAGCAGAAGGAACGUGAGCUUUGUGUCCGUGAGAGACUGGCAGAGGACAAGCUGGCUAGGGCAGAGAGUCUGUUGAAGAAUUACAGCCUGCUGAAGGAGCAGAAGUUGCUGUGUCUGGCGGGGGGUCCAGAACUUUUUGAUCUUCCAUCCUCGAUAAUUAAGAAAGUUCAUUUCAGUGGGGAAAGUAAAGAGAAUGUCAAGAGGAGUGAGAAUUCUGAGAGUCUGCUCCCCUCCAAAUCCAAGUGCAAAGACCUGAAGAAAAGGAUUCAUGCUGCUCAGCUCCGCGCUCAAGCGUUGUCAGAUAUUGAAAAAAAUUACCAGCUGAAAAGCAGACAGAUUCUGGGCAUGCGCUAG